CGUAUAAGUUCUCCACCUUGAGCCGCUUCCUUCUUCUUCUCUACAGCUAGGGUUUCGACUCCGUCUGCUUCAAUGGGUAAGGGAACGGGAAGCUUCGGUAAGAGGAGGAACAAGACUCACACGCUGUGCGUGAGGUGCGGCCGCCGCAGCUUCCACCUCCAGAAGAGCCGUUGCGGUGCCUGCGGCUUCCCCUCCGCUCGCAAGAGGAAGUAUAAUUGGAGUGUGAAGGCGAUCCGGAGGAAGACCACCGGGACCGGUCGGAUGAAAUACCUCCGCCACCUGCCUCGCAGGUUCAAGAGCGGAUUCAGAGAAGGUACUCAAGCUGCGCCAAGGAAGCAAGCAGCCGCAGCUUCUGCUUGAGGCGUCGGGUCAUCAAUCAUCCGGGCGAAGUUUGGGUACCUCGCCAUAGAUUUAAAUUGCUAUUUGUGUUUGGACAAGUUCAAAUUUUGAGAACAUCGUCGCCGAUAAAUUGUUGAGAUUAUGCUUUUAGUUCCUUCUGUAGUUGGAUUUGAGUCUGAGGAUGGGAAAUUUUCAGAAAUUUUCUAUU